AUGGACGACGCCUGGCAAAACCAAGACGGCAGUGCCAUCCCGAACGAAGGCCCCGUCAACGGUGCAUCGCACGACGAUGGCUACGGCGGUGGACGCUCGCCUCGUGACGCGCCUCCGCGUCGUUCGAGCAGGAGCCGUAGCCCACGCCGCGACCGUGAGGACCGCGGACGCGGUGGAGAUGAUGGACAAAACAACCCUGGUAACAACUUGCACGUUUCUGGGUUGAGCAGCCGCAUCGACUCUCGCGAGCUCGAGGCGGCGUUCGCCAAAAUUGGUCGCGUUAAAAAGGCGUCGGUCAUGUACGACCCCCACUCGCGCGAGUCGCGCGGGUUCGGUUUCGUGACCAUGGAGUCUGCUGAAGAAGCCGACGCGGCUAUUACCGCGCUCAACGGCACUGACCUGCAAGGCCGCACACUGAGCAUCGAGAAGGCCCGCCGCGGUCGUGCUCGCACGCCCACUCCUGGAAGGUACUACGGUCCCCCCAAGCGUGGUGGAGGUAGCGAACGUUUUUACGACCCGCGUCCCUACGACUCGCGCUACGCUCGCGACCGUGGUGGGUACGGAGGCGGCCGCGAAGAGUACGGCGGCCGCGGUGACUACGGAGGUCGUGGUGACUACCCGCCGCCGCGUCGUGGUGGGUACGACGACAGGGAGGACUACAGGAGGGAUAGGCGAGGUGGUGGAGGGUAUGAUGACCGCGCUCCACCCCCUCCCAGGGACUACGGUCGCGAUGAUAGGCGCGGUGGGUACGAGGACCGUGAGAGGCGUUACUAG